AUGUCUGCACUUGCAAAUUCUAUACCCGUUGCAGCGUCAUCAGCUUCUGUCGUCACAGAUUCUGAGUCUGCGUACUUUGCUGAUGCCAGAUCUCACUUAAGUGAGUCAACCUCUCAAAUUUCUUCAGAUGAUGCACCAGUGAAAAACAAUGCUGCGCCUGUCGAAGAUGACGAUGAAGAACGUGAUAAAGAUGGCAUCUCACCUCAGGCAACAAUCACUGAUGUGGCUGAUUCGCAGGAUCCUGAAUCAACCACACAACCUGAGGUUGACACUACCGUAACCCAUAGUGAGGAGAGAGCGACUUUUCAGACCACCGCCUAUGAAAACAACGACCAAUUGGCUCAUAAUGUUCAACCUCAACCCACUGAGGAACCUAAAAGAGCUUUUGUAAGUUCGACCCCACCCAAGAAACGUGGAUAUCAACGAGAAGAAAGCGAGUGCCAUGAGUAUUAUUUCUCCAUAUACUGCUGCGAUCUGGAUCUUAGCUCGGGAAAUAUUUUUACAACUUGCCUUAGCUGUUGCAUGUCAUCGAUCCUUGGUCUUUGUACCACAGCGGCUACAAAGCUUUAA